AAUCAGUUGUCAGUUAAGGAAAUGGUUAACAGUGGUUGUCAAAGUCGCAAAAUUUUUUUGGAAAUUCACCUUUUAUUUUACUUUUCCCAUGCGAUAUGAACAAAACUUAUAGUUCAGUUAAUUUAGCUCUUCUUCUACAAGUGAAUUUGUGAUAUCAAGAUGUCUGACAUACCUGUAAAGGUGUUAAGAAAGGAGACAAGAGACUUAAUUUCAGCCUUAUUGAAUCCUAGGAAAGUUAUACCUAAUGAUAAAGGCUUAUCGAGAGAUUGGCAUGGUCUUGCAGAAUUAUGUGGAAUAAGUGGAGAAAUAAUACCACAUAUUAAAGACAGUAACGAUGCAGCUUUGAAGGUUUUGGACAUAUGGUCUGAAAAAAAUAGAGAAGAAAGCACCACUGCCAAGUUGUUGUCUUUUUUGGAACAACUAGACAGAUUUGAUGUUGUAGAAGAUGUUACACCUCUAAUUGAAAAAGACGCAGAAUGGUUUGAAGCAAAUCCUGACGGCUACAGAGCCCAGCUCCAAGAUAUUGACGACAAAGACAUUAUAACACACGACGAUGCAGAACGAAAAAGUCUAGGUCUUCCACCACAAACUUACGAUGCCUUCGUGAUGUUCAGUGACGACGAUAUCAACUUUGCUAUUGAGAUCAUCAACAAAUUAGAAGUACAAUAUAAAAUGAAGUUGUGUGUUACUUAUAGAGACGUCAUCGGAGGAGAAAACAGUCACGAUGCUGUGAUUAGGUUGAUUUCUACCAGGUGCAAUAGAGUGGUUGUUGUAGUAUCUCCUUCAUUUUUGGAAUGUCCAACUCACAAAUAUUUUUAUACUUUGGCCCGAAUGGAAUCUAUUGAAACGAGAAGACGAAAAAUUAUUCCUUGCAUAUACAAGAAGUGCUUUGACUUGCCUAUAGAAUUUCGAGCAUAUCAUCUGCUAGACUACACUAGAAUGGAGUCUACGUUCGGAAACUUUUGGGAUCAUCUUUACAAAUCACUCAAAGUUGUAAUACCUCCGUCCACACCAAGUGAUGUUACGUCGUCCACGCAACGUGAUGUUACAUCGUCUACGCAACGUGUUCCUCCAAUACCCCAAGCUGCCAUAGCACCAAGGAAAAGCAUUGAAUCAACAAAGUCCACGAAUCACGUCAAAUUCGAAUUUUUGGACCAACCUACAGAAGUGCCUAAAGUUGAGAAUAAAACACCACCCGUAGAAAUUCCUGUAGAAACUCCAGCAGCUCCUCAACCGACUCCAUCCACUGAUGAACUCGCCCACACGGAACUGAAAAAGAAAAACUCUUUUAUUCGAAAGUUCAUGAAAAUCGUUCAAAAACACGAUGAUAAAUCAGUAAAAGAAGUACCACAAAUCAACGGAGUCGCUCCGAAGAAAAAACGAUUCUGGAAGAAAAAUAAAUUAAAAAUACCGGUGGCUAAUUGAUGAACGUGGAGCAUAUAAUUGAGGUUAUGAUUAUUAGGUAUCCAUGUAAUUUCUCACAGUUAUUUUGUGAUUCUAUGAAAAAAAAACAAGGUUACUAUUAACCGAGUAAUAUGUAGACAUUUAUUUGAACGAUUGAUUUUUUUCUGGAGUGUCUAUCAAAUAUAGUGGAACGUUAUUUUUCUUGAAUCGUCCAUUUAGUAUAAGCUAAUGAACAUUAUUUAGAUUAUAUAUCUGUGAUAUAUAUCUAGAUAUAUAUAUCUCUAUGAUAUAUAUAGUUAUAUAUCUAGAUUAUAUGUCUAUCGGUCUCGGCAAUCAAGUGUAGUAGGUACUCACUAUAUAGACGAGAAUUCUUGUGUUUAAACCAAGUAAUUUUUUAAGUUAGUAACUAAAGAACGUAGCAAAAAUACUUAAUAUUGUUUGUGAGAAAACAUGUUAUGAAUGAAAGUCAUAAUGUAAUAAAUAUAAAAGUAAAUUGACAUAAAAAAUCAAAA